AUGAGGACCAUCGUUACAUUACGGUAUAGACAUCUGAAGAUGAAGUUCGCCAUUGUCCUCGCCCUCGUUGCCGCGGCUGCCGCCAGGUCCAUCAGGUUGGACGAUGCCGCUAUCCCCAUGGCCAUGUGGCAGAAAGUAGACACCGACAAGGAUGGUUUUUUGUCCGAAGCCGAGCACACCGCUUUCUACUCCAGCAUGGAUGCUGAUGCGAGCCAGUCACUCAGCGUAGAUGAGUGGAACGCCGGUUGCAUGUCCUUCACCGGAAAGAAUACCUUCGAAUGCAGCACUGUUUUCGCCAUGACUGACAUGAACAAAGACGGUAUGAUCGACCGCGCUGAUGGUGUUCUCCAACAGAAGUACAUGGACAAGAACAUGGACAGCAAGGUUGAUAUGAAGGAAUUCGUCGGAACCUGGAUGAUGCUCGUCAAAAAGGCUCCAUUCGCUGGGCUCUUUAUGCAAGCCGACAAGGACGGUAAUGGUGACAUCAGUGCCAACGAUCUCGCCAUGGUUUUCGGAUCAUUCGACGCUGACGGUGAUAGUUCAGUGACCAACGGUGAAUUCGUCGCCCUCUGGACCGCCAAUGGUUUCGGUGAUGCCGCUACCGCCAACAAGUUCUUUGGAAUGGCCGACUCUGACAAGAGCGGUAACCUCGACCAGUCCGAUAUGGUCGCUAUGUUCAACUCAUUCGACGCUGAUGGCGACAUGGCUGUAACUGAAGAGGAGUUCAUGGCCAAGUUCAUGUCUCUCGGGAAGCCAUCCAAGCCAUCCCAGUAAGAAACAUCGGACUCCGUUGUCUCAUGCGAGACACCAUCUCCGCGUGAUAAAGAUACGAGUCAAAAGACGACACAUGUUUUUUUGAAAGA